CAACCAUAUGCCUCUUGAUACUUUAGUCGGAAUUCUCGCAGGAGCUGAGGUAUUCCAGUUGACCAACGGGGCGGUGCCAACAUGCAUGUGGCGUUCUUGUAGUCCACCCGUUACAGCGGCCACGUUCCGGCCGGUUGUGUCGAUCGAAGAUCCACGAGGUGAAGGACCUACGUACAUAAUCUCCCGGCAGUCCAGAGUUGCAAAGGUCGCCCCCGUGAAAAUUUGAUUCACUCAUCAACUUCCACUGUCGUAACCAUGACCCCCGACUCCAACCUCCAGCCCAUCCUGCUCUGGGGCCGGCGCGGCCCGAACCCGCCCAAAGUAACCAUGAUGCUCGAAGAGCUCAACAUCCCCUACACACACAUCCCCAUCGACUUCAAAGACGUCAAGAACCCCGAAUACACGGCCAUCAACCCCAACGGCCGCCUCCCCGCCAUCCGCGACCCCAACAACUCGGACUUCACCCUCUGGGAGUCGGGCGCCAUCGUCGAGUAUCUCGUCGAGCGCUACGACACGGACCGCAAGCUGAGCUUCGCUCCCGGAACCAGUGAGGCGUACCUCGCCAAGCAGUGGCUGUUCUUCCAGGCCUCGGGGCAAGGGCCGUAUUUUGGCCAGGCGACGUGGUUCAAGAUGUAUCACCAUGAGAAGUUGCCGAGUGCGUUUGAGCGGUAUGCGGGCGAGGUGAAGCGGGUGUCGGGGGUUUUGGAGAGCUACCUGGGAGAGGUGAAGCAGAAGGGGGAAGGGGGUGGUGAUGGGCCGUGGCUUGUGGGUGGGAAGCUGACGUUUGCGGAUAUCUCGUUUGUCGUGUGGUAUUGCUGGAUGGAGUGGUCCUUGGAGGAGGAGGAGUUCAACCUAGGGGAGUAUCCUGUGGUGAAGGAAUGGCUGUAUAAGAUGAAGGCGAGAGAGUCGGUGGACAAGGUUCUUCGUGAUAUUAAGCCGGCGCAUGCUAGGAACUAG